AUGGAGUCCGCAGCAAAAGAGCAGGCGGACCUCCUUGCCCUCUUUGUCUCUGCUGGCGAGGGCGCCGCCAUGUGCGGCGACGAGGCGCAGAAGUUGGUGUCAAAGCACAUGGGCCAAGCAGUCAAGAGCAUCGCGGAGGUGGCCCUCAAGGAGCUGAGCUCGAGCGCCAGCAGCCAGCCGGCCGCCCCUGCCACCAAGGUGGUCAAAUUGCUGACGUUCAUCUCGUACGCAGUCAAGCAUGUGGGAGGGUGGUUCGACCACUCCGUCCACAUGCAGAUCGGCGCGAUGGCAAAUAGCGUCAGGCUCGUUCACCCGAAGGACGAGGACAUUGUUGACUGGAGCGUUUGGCUGAUCGCGCUGUCGGCCCCGGAGGCAUUCGAGGCCCUCUGGCAGGAGAUCCUCGGUGAGCGCUGCGACGAGCUGCUGGCGAGCGCCGUGGUGCGCGCCACUGCCUCCCUCGCAUGUGACGCGCGCAGGCCUUCGCAUAUGCAGCCGUCCGAUCUCGCGCGUCGCAUGCUGUUGGUGGCACAGCAGCCGCCUACUAGGCCGAGGGUGCUCGCGCGGAGGUUCCACUACUUGGGGAAGUUCUUGGUCGGAAUCAGAGGCGCAGCUGGAGAGGAGGCCGUAGCCAGAGAGGCGGACGAGUUUAUGCAGCUUGUGCAGCGCGCCCUGGUGGCGUACCGGGACGAGGACUGGGAGACGGUGGGUAAGAAAUUGCUGGCUGUUUCGGCCAGGUUGUGGGGCCUAUGCGGCCACAUCUGCCUGUUGAAGCGCAGGGAGUUCGCCAUGGACAAGUACUGGUUGAUGGCCCUCCUGCACGAUAUAAGCAAACCAUCAUUUGGAGUGCCACGCUGA